AUGUCCUUCUUGGACAUUGGCGGGCAGCUCAUCGUCAUCGUUGUGCUGCUCCGCGAGUUCGUUCGGUCGUCCUAUUGGCUCGUGACGCACAUCCCCACUGUCUCGCGCCUGCACUACGAUGUGAUGGUGGACACUUUCAUUGGCCGGCGGCAGGCAACCCCAACCCUCAACAGCGGCGUCGCCACGAUGAGUCUCUCGCAGAUCUGGCUCGUCAACCCGUGGUACCUCAUCGGCAACUGUAUGUACGGUAUCGGGACGACCGCGGAGACGCAAAUGCUGGUCGAGGUCUUGUACUACGAGUGGACCAUCAGCGGUGGCGCCACGUACUUUAUCAAGGGCGCCAUGUACGCGAUGCGCCACGCCUGGGUGAGCAUCGGCGUCUGGACGUGCAUUCGAUUUGUUGUGACGACGAUCCGGCUGCCGAAUGGUUUCAACUGGCCACUGCAGCAACUCCGGCUCCUCGAGAUGUACUGCUCGUGUCGAACCCUCGUCUUUGCCUUCAUCGUUUCUUCUUUCGUCGCGACACGGACUCGGGGCCAGCUCUACUUGACCGACCGCGUCAACGUCGUCGACCAGGCGCACGGCUUGUACAAAGGCUCGUUCACCGACUCGGAGGACUGGCAAAGCCUCCUCGUGAACCACGGGCUCGCCAUCGGCUUUGACGUCCUCUUGGCGCUUCUUAUGCGAUCGCUGCUCUCAUGGACGUGCCCCAACCACCGCGACAACUCGUUCUUCAAGGUCAUUGACCAGCACCGCGUCUGCGCCGGCUUUGACCUCGCGCGGCUUAUUGCCGGGUCGCGUUCGAUUGUGCUCGACCACCGCUGCGUGCUGCUCAUGCCAGUCGCCGAUCUCUACCUGAUCUACGCGUCAGUGAAUUUAUGGAGCACGACGGCCAUGGUCGCGCUGCCCGACGCGGCGCACGGCCACGCGAUCGAAUUUCGCACUUCGGACGACGGAACGAUGCUGCUCACAAACGACGCGGGCGUGUUUGUCCCUGCGCUCGCGACGCUCCAGAACGCAGGACCGUCGACAGUGCAAUACUGCGCCGUCGUCUAG